AUGCCCAUACACACAUACUUGAUAGGGAUGAUAGUCCGGUCGUCCAUUUCCAUUACAGACACACAGUUAUACUGUGUGCUUGGAAUCCAGAAACUAAAUUCAGAACAUGUGGACUUAUUUUCUUCGAUUGUCCAAGAGGUCCAGAAGAUGGUCUCUUUGAUGCUACGAGAGGUUGGUCGUCCGUUGGAUGAGUUUCCUUUGACUAACAUCAAGGAUAUGUGUUUUAGGGUGGCUCGAGGGUUUCCAUCACUCUUCUUCGUUGCUAGCAAGAGAACUUUUACGCCACAAUUUCCACCUAGACGAAGGAAUGCCUUCAGCAGAUGGGAAUCUCGGUCCAGUCUCGACAGUGUGCGCACUUUAGAGGAAGAAACCUGCGAGAUCGUUACUCUCGCUCCCAGAUUCAAUCAAAUGUGGCCGGUAGCGAUGAUAUUGAAAAGAGAAUACGAAACAAGGCGAAAAAAAGCACUUACUCGAUGA